CCGGGACGGCGGGGCGCGUGCGGCGCCGUCGUUGCCGACCCGGCGGUCGGUCAGGGGGACCCGGCGGGAUCGCGCUCCUUCGCCCACACCGAGGGGCGCAGCCGCGCUUCGUCCCCGGGAACUACUGCCAUGGACAGGACCGCCGUGGCCAAGAUGGGAGCGGUGGCGAGCGCCAGCGUGUGCGCGCUGGUGGGCGGGGUGGUGCUGGCGCAGUACAUCUUCACCAUGAAGAAGAAGACGGCCUGUAUGCAAGCCCUGCAUCUCUGGACUCUGCUUGCCACCUAUGCUGUUGCAGUAGGACAAAAUCAAGGACAGAAGAAUCAGGAGUGCCCUAAGCUCAACGCACAGAUGCCAGAAUUUCAGAAGAAGACUGUCCACAUUAAGGACCCAGCAAGAGUAGAGGAGAUUAUUUGUGGUCUCAUCAAAGGUGGAGCUGCCAAACUUCAGAUUAUUACAGAUUUUGAUAUGACAUUAAGUAGAUUUUCCUACAAUGGAAAAAGAUGUCCAACUUGUCAUAACAUCAUUGAUAACUCUAAGAUCAUCACAGAUGAAUGUCGGAAAAAGUUAUUGCAGCUGAAAGAAACUUACUAUGCCAUUGAAAUUGAUCCAGCUCUCACCAUUGAAGAGAAAUACCCAUAUAUGGUAGAAUGGUACCAUAAAUCUCAUGCACUACUCAUUGAACAAGGCUUACAGAAGGACAAGUUUGCAGAAAUUGUAAGGGAAUCUGAUGUUAUGCUGAAAGAAGGGUAUGAGAACUUCUUUGAUAAACUCAGUGAACAUAAUAUUCCUGUGUUCAUAUUUUCUGCUGGGAUUGGUGACAUUCUUGAAGAAGUAAUCCACCAGGCUGGGGUCUACCAUUCUAAUGUCAAAGUGGUUUCCAAUUUCAUGGAUUUUGAUGAAAAUGGAAUAUUAAAAGGAUUUAAAGGAGAAUUGAUUCAUGUUUACAACAAACAUGAUGGUGCCUUGAAGAACACAGAGUACUUCAAACAGCUAAAAGACAACAGCAAUAUCAUACUGCUGGGUGAUUCUCAAGGAGACUUGAGUAUGGCAGAUGGAGUAGCAAAUGUUGAGCACAUUCUUAAGAUUGGCUAUCUCAAUGAUAAAGUGGAUGAGCUGUUGGAAAAAUACAUGGACUCUUAUGAUAUUGUCUUGGUGAAAGAUGAAUCCCUGGAAGUUGCAAACUCCAUUCUACAGAAAAUCCUGUAAAUUGCAGUCUCAAGUCACUCCAUUCCUUCCAGGAGGCAACUGGACAGAAGAGCACACACGCAUGUGCUAUCGUAGAUGUGUUUAUUACUCAUUUAUGGAACUGUUUGAUUUAAUUUAAAACUUUUAUCUUCAUUUUGGUAUUAUGGAAUAUAUAUUGUAUCAAUUAUCAACUACAAGCUCCUUUUACUGCUCUUACACUGUUCUUUAUUGUCUCACACUCCUGUUAUAACGAGAUCUAAAUUGGAUGUGAUAAACUGCUGCUGAUGGGAUACUGUGGUUCACCGUUCUUUUUAAUCAGGCAUUUCAGAGCAGCAUUUAGGAAACAUGGCUAUUUUGUAAAAUUGAAGGUGUAAAUGCUCUGUAAAGAGUGUGUGUUUGUUGCCUUUUCAAAGACAUUUCAGUCUCAGCUGUACUUUGAAGGAUCUUACUCAUAUGCUACGUAAUUUCCCACAAGUUUUUCAUACAUAUAUUUUUCAUCAGUAAAAAUGCUUUUAUUCACCCAAUUCAGGCAAAGUGUUUCUUCUUCAUAUUUUUGCAUUGUAUGUCUGAGAUAAAUUUUCUUAUGUUUGUAACAACAGAUAGUUUUCGCAAGCUGAUAGUCCACAGCCUGCCUGCAAUGAGCAGAGACAUCCUCAACUAGACCAGGCUGCUCAGAGCCCCAUCCAAACUGACCUUGUUUCCAGGGAUGGGGAAUCUACCACCUUUCUGGGCAACCUGUCCCAGUUUCACCACCCUCACUACAAAAAAAAAAAAAAAAAAAUCUUCUGAAAGUUUUUCCCCUGUACUGAGCACAUUACAGCACCUCUCAGCAUUGUGUAAAUUUGUACAGCCACAAUUUCAGAAACUUCCUCAGAUAUGUGGCAGGAUGGGUUAAAGAUGAUGUUGUGACCCUGCUCCUGUGAGGUCUCAGCUGUCCUAAAUCUAUUCAUUAAUAAAAGAGAGCAAAUCAUGCAA